CAAAGGGGUCCAAGGAGGCUUUGCGGGGCUUGGCCCCCCUGAUCUAUCCUUGCAAAGCCCUGCAAGGAAGGCGGGUAGCCUGAGGGUCAGAGAGUGGCCCAACGGCCUGGAUUCGUGGCCAAGCGCCCAUGGCUCCUGAGUCCCCCCUAUAGCCACUACCCCACCCUGGCUCUCACCACUUCCCCUGCCAGUAUGUUUAGGCUAAAUACACAUGUUUGACCCUAUUUCAAAAUAAGGAUUGUUUCGGUGUUGCCUUGCAUAGAUGUUCACUAUUUUUUUGAUUUUGGACUUGUCCGUGUUUCAAAGUACAGCAUUUCCAGCUUGGUGGAAUUCUAGAAUCUAUUAAGGGGCUAUUAGGAAUGGAAUAAUCAUUAGUGACUUGAAUGGUGCUUGGGGAUAACUCAAAUAAAGGGAUUCAUGGUCGUGUUUCAAUUCAUUUCUCGGUUCCUCUGAUAGGGCUAUUUUGUCACCUUUUCCUAAAGCUUCUGUCUCAAUUUUGGGGAGUGAAGAGUUCCUAUUUUCUCAAUAUGCCUUUAUUUUGCAGUGCCCUAACAGGAAAACAAAUCUUGUUUCUAAAAUAUAACGUUGAGUUUUUUGAGGUAACCAUGACAAGUAAUCCAAUGAAGCCUGAUGAAAAUAGAAGUAAACGUAAGAAGGAAGCAAAGAAUGACGUUUCAGAAAAUCUGCAAUUGUCUCCUUUGGAAAAAACAGAUACAUCUCAUUCUGAAAGCUUCCAGUCUCAGCACAAAACUGAAGCCCUGGAAAAGGUUUUAAAUGUUAUAGAGAAUCUUGCGCUGGGCCCCACGCCAGGGCAAGCUGCCUGCAUCCAGCGGAAGGGCUUGCAGUGCAUCGCACCCCUUUUCUGCAGUGUGGAAGAAACACCCCAUGCCAUCCCAACAAAGGUGGAAGGGCGCGUCCCCAAAUGGCUGAAGGGCAAGCUGCUGAGGAAUGGGCCAGGGAAGUUUGAAUUUGGAAAAGAUAAGUACAACCACUGGUUUGAUGGCAUGGCUCUGCUGCACCAGUUUGAGAUUGAGGAUGGGACUGUGAAAUACAGCAGCAAAUUCCUGCGAAGUGAUACCUAUGUGACCAACAGCAAGAACAACCGGAUUGUGAUAUCUGAAUUUGGGACCUUGGCCAUGCCGGACCCUUGUAAGACGGUUUUUGAACGUUUCAUGUCAAGGUUUGAAAUGCCAAAAUUAACAGACAAUUGCAACGUGAACUAUGUGAUCUACAAAGGUGACUAUUACGUUAGCACAGAGACGGAUGUAAUGCACAAGGUGGAUCUGGAAACGCUUGAAACAAAGGGGAAGGUGAACUGGAGCAAGUACAUUGCCGUGAAUGGAGCGACUGCUCAUCCCCACUACGAGCCAGACGGGACAGCGUACAACAUGGGCAACUCCUAUGGGAAAGAUGGCUCCAAGUAUAACAUCAUUUGCGUCCCGCCGCAGGGGCCCAACUCCGACGGUUCCAGCCUGCAGGGCGCGAAAGUCCUGUGCACCAUUGAGCCGGACAAUAAGGCAAAACCUUCCUAUUAUCACAGCUUCGGAAUGAGUGAAAAUUACGUGAUCUUGAUUGAGCAGCCCCUCAAAAUGAACCUGUGGAAGUUAAUGGUAGCAAGGAGUCUUGGGAAAUCUUUUUCGGAUGUGCUCAGCUGGGAACCUCAGCAAAACACCCGUUUCCACGUCAUCAACAAGCUCACUGGGCAGGUGUUGCCCGGGCAGUACUACAGCAAGCCCUUCUUGUUUUUCCAUCAAAUCAAUGCCUUUGACGAUCAAGGCUGUAUCGUCCUUGACCUCUGCUGUCAAGAUGAUGGUGGUUCUGUUGACAUCUACCGUCUAAAAAACCUCCGCAAAGCAGGGGAAGCGCUGGACCAGGUCUAUAAUUCCGUACCAACAGCAUUCCCAAGGCGCUUCGUUCUGCCCAUCAACGUGAGUCCCAAGACUCCCACGGGACAGAAUCUCAACCCCUUGUCCUACACAUCUGCAAGAGCUGUGAAAGAGGCCGAUGGGAAGAUCUGGUGCACCCAUGAAAGUCUCCAUGGCGAAAACCUCAAGGAAGCGGGGGGAAUAGAAUUUCCCCAGAUUAACUAUGCUCUUUGCAAUGGGAAGAAAUACCGUUUCUUCUACGGCUGUGGCUUCGGACAUAUGGUUGGCGACUCCUUGAUCAAGACUGAUGUAAAGACCAAAGAGAUAAAGAUUUGGCAAGAAGAUGGCAUGUAUCCUUCUGAACCAGUGUUUGUGCCGGAACCGAACUCUGCUGCAGAAGACGGCGGCGUCCUUCUGUCAAUAGUGCUCACACCGAAGCAGAAUCAAGGCAGUUUCUUGCUCAUCCUGGAUGCUGAGAGUUUCACUGAACUGGGUCGGGCAGAAGUUCCUGUACAAAUGCCGUACGGUUUCCAUGGCAUCUUUGUCCCACAUUAACCAAGAAACUGUUAGUGAAGGACCACCAGUCGAUGCUCUGUGCGUAACACUUCCCCUUUGUGACCUUGGACGAAUCACUCCAUCUUAACACCACAGCGAUGCUGUGAGGAAGAAUAUAUGUGAUGGAGAACACAUGCAUAUAUUGCCCGUUUAUAUAAAUGCUGGGGAGGGUGUUGAAGGAGGCACCUGAAGAUUAUAAAAUGUAAAGUUAUUUUGGGGACAAAUGUAAUCUUUUAUGAUUUACCUUUGGGUUAAUUAUCUGUACAGUGUUUCAAUUAUAUAAAUACAGUUAAAAGCCUUUGGGCAUUUCCUAAAGUUUUAGAAAUUUUCACAGUAAAAACAAACACCCUUUAAAAUGGUUUGCACUUUUUGUGAAGAGGUUGGGGAAAAACAGAACACUCGCCACAUUUUCACUUCAACUUUUCUGGUAGUCGGUUCCAUUUUAUGACCCCAUUUUUAAGCCAGUCUUUAAAUUAGUACUAAAAUACUUUCCUGUAUAUAUUUAGUGAAAGGGUAACACUAAUUGUGUUAAAAAUAAAAUAACAACAAUAACAACUGC